ACAAACGGUUCAAUCCACCCUUGUUUUUAUAUAAAUACAAAAGCUCUCUAUGAAAAAGCAAGCAAAUCAAGACACAUAGCAACGGCUUAGAUAAGAAUUGAUGGGGAAGAAGGUGGCCAUAAUAGGAGCUGGGAUCAGUGGCCUUCUUGCCUGCAAGUACACCCUUUCAAAGGACUUUCAACCCAUCGUGUUCGAAUCCUCGAGCACCAUCGGAGGGGUAUGGACCAAAACUAUUAAGAGUACCAAGCUCCAAACUCCUAAAGCAGUCUACCAAUUCUCGGAUUUUCCAUGGCCUUCUUCAUUGACAGAGGACUUUCCAAACCAGCAUCAAGUUAUGGAUUACAUCCAAUCAUACGCUCAACAUUUCGACUUGCUCAGGCACAUCAAAUUCAGUACUAAAGUGUGUGGUAUAGAGUAUGAAGGCCCAUCUGAGGAUGAGAUGCAAUCAUGGAGUGUCUGGGGCGGCACCGGUGAGCCUUUCAGCUCGAAAGGGAAAUGGAAAGUUAUGGUAGAAGACAAACAAAGCCCUUCAACUGAGGUUUACUUGGUAGACUUUGUAGUCCUCUGCAUUGGACGAUUCAGUGGUAUUCCAAACAUUCCUAAAUUUCCUCCGAACAAGGGUCCAGAAGAAUUUCAUGGUGAUGUCAUACACUCGAUGGAAUAUGCUUCCAAGGAUUAUGAAAGCGCUGCUGAAUUUGUGAAAGGAAAGCAAGUAACAGUUGUUGGGUUUCAGAAAUCUGCAUUGGACAUUGCAAUGGAGUGCUCAAAUGCAAAUGGGGUAGAACAUCCAUGUACAGUGUUGUACAAGACAGAACACUGGAAUGUUCCUGCCCGUGUGCCUCUCGAAUACCUAUACCUCAAUCGCUUCUCGGAGCUUUUGGUUCAUAAGCCUGGUGAAGGCCUCCUACUCAGUCUCCUUGCAACAAUUCUUUCACCUCUGAGAUGGGCAUUUUCAAAAUUUGUUGAAAGCUACAUAGAUAAGAAGCUUGGAUUAUCCAAGUAUGGAAUGGUACCUAAGCAUAGUUUCCUUCAAGAAAUCAGUUCCUGUCUGAUCUCAACCGUGCCUGAAAAAUUCUAUGACCGAGUCCAAGAAGGAAGCAUUUUACUUAAGAAAUCUCCCAAAAGCUUCAGCUUUUGCCGAGAAGGCAUUUUGGUUGAAGGAGAAAACUCCCCUGUAAAGACAGAUUUGGUCAUAUUGGCUACUGGAUUUAGAGGUGAUGAGAAGCUUAAAGACAUCUUUGUGUCACCAACAUUUCAAGACUACAUAGCUGGAUCACCUAAGUCCAUUUUACCUCUCUACAGGUUAGUUAAUUAGCUAUAUUCCUGCC